AUGUCGACCCAACUGCCCGUCCUCGUUGUAGGAGCUGGGCCUACUGGUCUCAUCUCUGCCAUAUCUCUCCUCAAGAACGGUGUGCCCGUGCGCAUCAUCGAAAAGAGGGAGACGUUCCAUGGUGGUAUCCGAGGAACUAAUAUCACGCCUCAGACCUUGGAGGCUUUAUCGUUUAUCGGUGUCGCGAAGGACGUCAUAGAUAGCUCAACUGCCCCGCUUGACUUCUCGUCCUACGAAGCGGACGGUCGUACAGCCAAAUCGGCCCCUUGGGCAGAAGGCGCAGGGACGGCGCAGUAUUAUGCCUUCUCGGAAGCGAGAGUCGUCAGUCAAGCCGAGUUUGAAGCCCUGUUGCGGAAGCAUCUGGGAAGCCUCGGCGCCAGCGUCGAGACAGGUAAAGAGCUUAGUGGCCUCGAGCAGAGUGAUGACAAAGUCACGGCCCGCAUACUGGACGCUUCGACCGGGAACGAUGAGACAUUUUUGUGCUCCUUCUUAGUAGGCGCUGAUGGUGCCAAGGGCCAAAUUCGUCGGAUACUUGAGAUACCGUUCGUUGGUCAGACGAGAGAGGAGGAUCGUAUCCUUUUCGGUACCGUCGAUGUCACCGGCCUCGACAAGGAGCACUGGCACAUGUGGGGCAAGAUAGCGCAGGCUGCCAUUGGUCUGAAGCCGAUGAAGACGGGCUCGCUCUUCCAGAUGCAGGCACUCGGUCAUGAACUUCCUGAUAGACUACCAACCGACCUCGAAGGCAUUAGAAAGCUAUUUCAGAGUGUAUCUCACCGUGAUGACAUUCUCAUCCACGACGUUGAAUGGGUGACGGAGUGGAGGGCUAACAUCAGAAUGUGUGAGGUGUUCAACAAGGGGAAAGUUUCCCUCGUCGGUGACGCUGCGCAUUGUCACAGCCCGUUUGGUGGCCAAGGAAUGAAUUCUGGCAUUCAAGAUGCGAUGAACUUGUCGUGGAAGCUUGCCCUGGUCUACCACGGUCGUGCUUCCAUGGAACUCUUGAACACUUACAACGAGGAACGUGUCCCAGUCAUAGCCGAGAUGCUAAACCUCUCGUCCAACAUACACUACUUGGCCUUCGGCAAGCCUGCUAAAUCUGCGCUCGACGGAGCUUUAGGGGGCGAGGCUGCAGCGGAAGAGAAGCAAGCGACGAACCAAGAUGUAAUGCACCGUCCGAAGGUGCUCCAUGCAACUGGGCGAAAACUUGGUGCAAAGGAUCCCUAUGGCCAGGAGACAGCUAGGCUUCGUGCCGGCGACCGCGCGCCCAACGCUCUCGUCACAUCUGUUCACCUCGCAGCUACUCCGGAAAGCACUACGUUGCACAAGCUAUUUGACAUGCAUCGGCACAUUGUCAUGGUGUUCGUGCCUGGUGUGAACGCCCUCGGUCGGCUCCUGAAGGAGCUCGAGGACAUCCACGACCUGUUGGAUGCCGAGGCGGCCCGUGUGGUGGCCAUUCUGCCACAAUUUGCAGACCAUUCCUCAUCUCUCAGUCGGCAGCUCUCGGAGGACGUGACGGCUGGCAAGGUGCAGCUUCUUGUCGACAAGGAUGCAGAGGUCAGACGAGUCUAUGAUCUAAACGCUGUCGGAAUGGCCUUCACGUAUGUCGUCGUCCGGCCUGAUGGUGUUAUUGGCUCCUUUGCUGGAGAUGUUUCUGGUGUCCGGAAGUACUUCAAAGUGCUCAAAGCCGGCGGUAGGCGUUGAGGGUUGGUACGCUUCACGUGGUAUUCUGUUGGCUGGACCUUUUCUAUGCGACGUAUCUCUAUUGUACAAUCUAGAUGAUAUAAGCGGGCUCUAUUCUUGCUUGGGCUACGAUAACACUAUUGCUUAAAGGACACCUCUUCGUCGCCCUUUCUGUCGCCUUAACUAUCGCGGGGUGCCUCGG